AUGCAUUUGACAACCACCAGCAGUAAUUCAACGGCUGCCAAUGCCAACAACAACAACAGCAACAACAACAAUAACAACAACAACACAACCAACAAUAACAACAACAACAACAACAACUCUAGCAACACCAGCAACACAAAUGGCGGCGGCUCCAACAACAACUCGAGCAGCAACAGCAACAACAACAACAACAACACCGAACAGAACACACCGCCCACACCCGCCCAGCUGCUCAACGAGGCCUACACCAAGAUGACCUCAGACAUCUUGGCCGAACGCACGCUCGGCGACUUUCUCACCGAACAUCCCGGCGAGCUAAUCCGCACCAGCAGCCCCCUCUUCGUCUGCACCGUCCUGCCGCCCCAUUGGCGCUCGAACAAGACACUGCCCGUCGCCUUCAAGGUCGUCUCGCUGGGCGACAUCAUGGACGGCACCAUGGUCACCGUUCGCGCCGGCAACGAUGAAAACUACUGCGCCGAGCUGCGCAACUGCACCGCCGUCAUGAAGAAUCAGGUGGCCAAGUUCAAUGAUCUGCGCUUCGUCGGUCGCAGCGGCAGAGGGAAGAGCUUCACACUAACCAUCACCGUGUCAACGAAUCCACCACACAUAGCCACCUACAAUAAGGCGAUCAAAGUGACUGUCGAUGGGCCACGCGAGCCGCGCUCCAAGACCAUGUUAUCCCUUUUAGGGCAACAGCAACAAUUUCACUUUGCCUUUGGCCAGCGACCAUUCCACUUCUCAACGGAUCCGCUCUCCGGUUUUCGCAUGCCACCGAUUGGCAAUUGUCAGAGUGCCAGCAAUACGCAUUGGGGCUACGGCUCGGCAGCCUCGGCCUAUUCGCCCUACUUGGCCAGCAGCGGUCUCUCGUCCUGCACCACGCCCACCUCGGCCCAGUUCAACAAUCCAGCGCUUGGCUUCACCUGCAGCUCCAACGAUCAGAGCAACAAUCAGGACUUUGGUGGCGCCACCAAUCGCGACUGCGUGCCAAUGCUGCCGGACUCCACGGCCAGCGAUCUGGAUCAGCAUCUGAGCAGCUUGGUGGGCAGCAGCAGCGGCGGCGGCGGCGGCGGCGGCCAGAUGUCGCAUCAUAGUUUGCUUGGAGCUGGCGGCCAAGCUUCGAUCAGCUCGACGGUGAAUGGCGCAAGCGCCAGCAGCGGCGCCACUGCGGGCAGUGCUGCUGGCGCCGGCAGCGGCGCAGGCAACUCCAUACUGGUGCCCCGAUAUCAUACGAAUGCCAGCAAUGAGUACAAUGUGCAUUCCAGCCAGAACGGGCCGCGCAGCUUGAGCGACAGCUCGCAGGCCGAGUCGCCGGUGCAGGAGGAUCUGCUGUCCACUAAUACGCCCAAUCUGGGCAGUGGUGCGACCACAAAUGGCGCCGCCAAUGGCGCGGGCAGUGCGGCUGGAGCUGGCAGCGCUGGCUCGGCGGGCACGGCGCCGGGCGGAGCUGGGAAUAGCGCCAUGCUGGCUGCCAAUCAAAACUUUCCGGGCAUUGUGAAUCAGGCGCAACAUGCUUCGGCCUCAGCUUAUGGUGGCGGCGUUGGUGUGGGCGUUGGCGUUGGCGUGGGCGUGGGUGGUGGACAUGGCAGCGGUGCUGGCGCUGGCGCUGCUGGCUGCAAUGGUUCGCUCUAUCCGGUGCUGCCCGCCAGUUUGCUUUACUCGCAGCUCUAUACGGCGGCCAAUCAGUCGGCGCAUGGAUUCCAUUCGCACACGCUGCCGGCGCACGCCUCGCCCAACUCCUCGGUGCACGGCGAGCUGCAGAGCGUCAUGGAUCACAUUAGCAAUGUGGGCGUGCGGCAGCAGCAUAACAUUAUGGCCGGCGGGGGCGUGGCGCAUCCGGGAGAUCUGACGCUAAUUGGGAACUGCGGCGCCUCGGUGCGCAACAUCGAAGAUGGCAACACCAAUCGGCAGGUGGCCGCGCUCGCUGCCCAUCGCGGCCACCACAACCCAACUGACAAUGGGGGCAGCGUUUGGCGGCCAUAUUGAGGUCAGGUUCUGUGGUGCGGAUCCGCAGUCCUUUAGUGCCACGAGCACUGCGAGGGGCGCUUACCGGAGAACGAGCCACACCACGAAACUGAAACUGGAAUUGGAAUGGGAAUUGGAAUCGGCACUGGACAUGGCUUCGACUUUAGUCGUUGCUUUGCUUUGGGCAUGGGCAUGAGCAGAGAUGCGGAUGCGGAUGCGGAUGCGGAUGCUGAUGAGGAGCAUCAGCAACAGGACGAUGUCAACUACUAACUAACUGUACAUUGCUGUAUAUAGUUAUAUAUUUUUUUUUUGCAUUGCUCACUUUUUUCAUCGAACUUUUAGUAGAAAUUUGUUAGAGAUGUCAAC